AUGGCAUCCACCACAUUACGCAAGAAAGAAAUCUUAACAGACAUCCUAGUUAAACUACCUGCAAAAACCCUUGUUCGGUUUCUGUGUGCAUGCAAGUCAUGGAGUGAUUUGAUUAACAGCUCGAGUUUUAUCACCACACAGCUUAACAGGAAUGUCACCAAACACCUCCAUGUCUCUCUACUUUGCCUCCACUAUCUCGAUCUCAAACGUCCUUUUGAGUUCUACGAAAACUACGAGGAUUACCCAGAUCUUAAACGAGAAUUGGAAUGGUCACUUUUCUCCAACGAAUCUUUUGAGCAUUGCUUCAAGUUAAACCAUCCCUUGGGGAUCAAGAAAGAUUAUAGGGUAUAUGGCUCAAGCAAUGGCCUAGUUUGCAUUUCAGAUAACAAAUUGGACACCAAGAACCCUAUACACAUAUGGAACCCCUCGGUUAGGAAAUUUAGAACCCUUCCAAUGAGCACCAACCACAACAUUAAAUUUUGCUACAUUGCUCUCCAAUUCGGGUUUGUUAAAGUAUAA